AUGUACGCUGUGCUCCUCUUUCUCUUGUCUCUUGCCGUGCUUGGCGGCGGCGGCGGCGCACGCGGGGAGGAGGUGCGGAAGAACGACGAAGCGGUGGCGCGGCUGCGCGAGGCGUUGGCGGCGGAGGGCGUUGACCCUCUGCCGGAGCCGCCCCGUGAACUUGGGGUCCACGCGGCCUGCAUCCGGCACGGCAUGGGCUGCCCCGACACCUACGUGGGGUUCCUUCAGGGGCUGCGGAGGGCCCCCCACACAUCUCCCGAGGCGGCGGCGCAGGGUGGGGCUCCGCAGGGCCGAAUGCAGCCCAGCGAAGGGAGACGGGGAAGAGAGAGAGGGCGCACAGAUCGCGAGGUGAUUAGUGAGGCAGAGCUGGAGAACCUGCGGCGUCUGCGUGACGUGUUACGUACGCGGUUGGCCGAGCUCCAGUCACCCGAGCGGCAGUGGAAGUGCCAGGAGUUUCGCUGGCUUCGCAGAGGGCUAGUGAUUGCCCAAAUGACGCACAACUUAGUUGUGGAAUACUACUGGGGGUUUGUCAUUCAGCGUCUCCUCCCCUGUGUGCUGUUCGUGACGCUGACGGUGUGGGUGCUGUUUGGCGAUCGUAUUCCGCGGCAGCACAUGCGCAGUCUGCUUGCCAAGGAUCCCCUCUGCAUCUUGAAUGAGGUGAUCACCCGCCGCAAUUCCCCACACUCCGUGGCGGAGCUUGUGAUGAAGCGUGAAAGCUACAAUGUCACUGAGAUCAGUGACCCCGAGGACAUCCACGUCCCUGGUUUUCGUGCCGGCUUUGCGAAGAUGAAGGAGGACUCCCUGCGGUCGAGCGCCAAUCACCGUCGCGAUCGUUGGUUUGUCACACGCUUUGCCCUGCUUGAGGCGCACCAUGAAACCCACAUUGCGGGUGUCGUCCUGCGACUUCGCUUGGCGCUGAGCGCGGCGGUGCUGCUGGUGCUCUGCUGGACGCUGCUAUCCCUCGUCCUGCGAGCAUCGGAGAUGCGCAGGCGCAGCGAUGGCGGGGCCCUGCAUUACCUGCUCACCAUGUUUUGCCCCUCGUGGGUGACGACGUCGCUCGUCCUCUACGCGGGCUGGUCGUGGGUCGGCGGGAUGGUGGCGUACGCCGCGUGGGAGCUGGUGGCAGGGGGGGAGGCGCUCGUGCGCUCCGACGAGCGGGCGGCGGCCCUGCACGAGAAGAUCCUGCAGCGCUGGAGCGGCUGA